CAUGAGUAGGUUCCGUGCGCUAAUAUGUGCUACCCGCACUUCUGGCCCAUCUUCCUUGAACCUAAUCAAAUCCUCAUUACACGAAUACACACACAUAACCUUUCAUCUUACCCCAAUUAUUUUUCUCCUGCAACAGUGGUUAAUUAGCUGUGGUGAAAGUUAAUCAAAGUACAUUAACAUCUCAUUGUCGGAUGCUGCGUUCGUUUUGUUUUUGUUUUGAAAUCGACCAGGGGAGGGGGAGGGAUAAUGCAUGUAAAAUUUGGCUGCUAUCAUCAAUUACAAAGUACACUGGAAUCGGGCAGAAUAAAAACACAAAAGCAAACAUAAAAAAAUUCAAAUAAAUGGAAUAAAUGAAGAAAACCGAAGAAGUGAUAAGACUUAAUCUUUGAGUAAUACACACAAUUCGUAGUUUCAAGAAAGAAGAAAAAAAAAACAUGACUAAAAAAAUUUGUUCAUUGCUCGCUUUGCUCCUAGGGAGUAUCUUCUUAAUAGCAUUAAUUAGUUGGUUGUAAUCACCACAUUUUGGUAUUUUCAACAAAAGCUUUUCAUUAGUAACGUCCAGAGAAGUAUCAUGAGUUUCAUAGUGAAGUGCUUUCCAGUUUUGUGAAAACUGAACGUUUCAAUUUCAAUUAAUUCGGUUGUGAUUUCAGUUACAGGUUAAUCGGUGGAGCGAAUUGUUAGUUAUCCCACGUGGAAUAAUGUAUCUCAACUACGUGCAUGUUGCCCUGCAGUUUUCGAUAGUUUUGGUAGUCUCCACCCAUCCUGUCAUCCAAACCCAAAAUGGUGAAUCUCUCGCCCGCCAGUACAUUGACGAAUUCGAGAAGAAAUAUUGGCCUCAAGCGGAGCAGGUUCAAAAGUUCCUCAUGAUUGAUUUGAAACACUUAACCAACGAGGACAUCCAGGCCGGGGAUCUGGCAACGUUUAAUAUACGCAAUUUCACUCUGGAAGUCUGCGAGAAGUUGAAAACGUUGCCUGUCGAAGGAUUUCAGGAUUCAAGCUUAAAACGACAAAUUAAUAAAAUAAUGAAAUUUAAAGACUGGAUUUUAGAGGAUAAGGACUUGGCUAGAAAAAUCAGUUUUCAGCCCUUGAUUAAUAAAGUAUCGAAGCGACCAGGGAUUUGUUCUUAUGAUAAUCGGACAAAAUGCGACUUAUCUUAUGACGGACAUUUGAGGGAGUUGAUAUUGAAGUCGGACGACCCGAAGGAGAUGGAGUACUAUUGGGUGCAGUGGAGGGACCAGCUUGAUAACUUCGUGAGCAUCCCGUUUGAGGAGUAUAUGAAAAUCAUAAGGAAAUCGGCGAAAUUGAACGGCUUCAACAUAACAUCAGACUAUUGGUAUGAUGACUACGAGAACGGAGAUGUUAUAAAGGAAAUGGAAUCUCUUAUUCGAAAUAUGCAACCCUUCUACAAACAACUUCAUGCCUAUCUUCGCUCUAUUCUCCGUAAACGUUACGGUACUAACAUUGUUUCGGCAAAAGGACCAAUACCUGAACAUCUCCUGGAAAAGGUUUGGCUCCAAGGAUUCGAGCAUUUUACAUUUUAUGAAGAUUUCGAGAACGAAAUGUUGUUUCCCAUUGUCAGCCAUAAAUUAGUGGAAAAGGGAUAUACAGGAUUAAAGAUGAUCCAGGAAAGUGACCGAUUCUACCAGUCCUUGGGAAUGCCAGCAUUAAACAGCACAUUCUGGGCAAACAAUUCCCGAUCCCUUCCCGAAAGCAAAAGCACCCUCCACUGUCGGCCAGUGGUAUAUGAUUUCGGGCGGGUGGCAGGUCUUAAAUACUGUUCCAAAGUUGAUUUUAGAACAUUCCUGGAAGACCAUGCAAUCAUGGCAAAGAUCCAAUUUCACAUGCACGUCAAGAAUUUACCUUACGGUCUCAAUGCCGAAGCAUGUCCUGGCUUGUGGAAGGGUAUUGGCAAAGCUGUAAAAUUGUCGACGAGCAGUGCCAGACAUUUACGUGAAAUUGGCUUGGGCCAAGCCCCAGCGGAUGACGAGGACGACGACAUGAGCAUUAAUUCUCUGCUGCACAUGGCCAUUCACACGGUUUUCAAGUUGCCCAUGUACUUUGUCUACGAGAAAAUUUACGCGGACAUGCUGGACCAGAGGGUUGAGCCCGAGGAGUAUAAUUGCGAGUACUGGAAGCUGAUAGAGGAGUGGACCGGGAUAGAGGCACCCACCCGCAGGGAUAAUGAUGAUUUCGACGUGUCUAAGCAAUUUUACAAAGUAACACAGAGCAGUAUGCCUCUUGCAACAAAAUUGAUAUCCGAGUUUCUGGGCUUUCAUCUCUACGAGAUUAUCUGCACGAGAAUCGGACAGUACAACCCGAGGAACCCAAAGAUGCCGCUCAAGGAGUGCAAUUUUUACAACAGCACGGAAGCUGGGAAGAUGUUUAGCGAUAUUAUGUCACAGGGUUGGACGAAACCAUGUUUCGAUGUCAUCGAAUCAGUCACAAGACAACGAGCACUAACAGCGAAUGCCAUGCUUGAAUAUUUCCGCCCCCUCCAUGUGUGGCUUGAACAAAAGAAUAAGGCGAACAAUGAGUCUCUCGGAUGGAUUCCUUCUAACAUGUGCCAGGAUUCCAAUACUUUUGGAAUGACAUUAAUUGAGCUAUUAUUUGCCGCCACCGCACCUUCACCUGACGAGCUCGAAGCAAUUGAAUUCCUCAACAAAACAAACGAAAGAUACAAACUCAACGUUACAGAAUUAAAAGAUUGCGUCGUUAGACUCAAAUCCGUCCAGCAAUACCUAAUCAAUCACAUCAAAGUUGAUAUAUUGGAGGAAUCCUACCCAGAUCCGAGUCAUUUGGAAAGAUUCUCUUACGAGUCAUAUGAAAAUGAGAACGUCAAACGCCAACUACAGAUUUUAAAGCGACGCGGGCUUCUCGUCCUGCCACACAAGGAUUACAGGAAUGCCACGUCCAUCAUCAACAAUUUCAAAGGUAGUCGUAGUGAUUGUCGAACGUGUUUACGAAAUUAUAUUUGUGAUGGUCCUGAAAAUGUCCUCAGCAAUUUGUAUCUGAUCAAUCGAUCAUAUAUGAGUGAUGAUCCAGAAAAGAUGAUGAGAGUUUGGAAGCUGGGACGAAAUGCAACUGAAGGUGUUGUAGCUAUCGUGAAAGUAAAAAGAUUUGCAAAGUUUUUUCGGAGGGCAGCUAAAUUGAAUGGAUACAAAAAUACCUCGGACAUGUGGUAUGAAGAAUAUGAGGAAGAGAAUUUCGCUCAAGUUUUGGAAGAUUUAAUAGGCCAACUGAGACCAUUGUAUAUCCAGUUGCAUGCAUAUGUUCGCCAUUUACUCCUGGGAAAGUAUAGGAAAUUCAUGAUGAAUGGUGGACCUAUACCGCAGCAUUUAUUGGGAGAAAUUGUAUAUCGGACGGAAAUGAGAAAUUUGGAUGUAAAUUAUCUUCCCUACGUGCAACAUAAUCCAGUGUAUUUUGAUAAGUUACUGAGGAUGAAGAACAAACGCUUCAAGGAUAAUGUGAAUAUGGCUGACGAAUAUUUCAAGUCGAUGGGGCUAAUGGAAUUAACGCAAGGAUAUUUCAGGAAUCAUUCCCGCAUCUCCAAACCCAACAUGACCGCCCACAAAAUAUGUACAAGUGAAUAUUUCGAUUUUGACGCUGAAAUUGGAAUUCGAUUUUGUGCAAAGCAUGAUUUCACAACUUUGAUAAAAUUACAUGGCGACAUGACUCUCAUCCAAUAUGAUCAGCAGAGAAAACCACUACCUGUUGGUCUCAACAAACAACCCUGUCCAGGAUUCGCACAAGGACUUGCCGAUGCAAUAUCUCUAUCAGCCAUGAAUUUUGACUACUUGCGGAGAAUCGGGAUGCCGGAAAAGUAUGAAUUCAAAAAGGAGUUACAAAUUAAUUUGCUGUUCUAUUUGAGCGUGGAAACUCUGUUCCCUCUUAUGGAGGACUUUGUUUUGGAAAAGCUAUGGACAAAAAUCCUCGAAAAAAGUAUCAAACCAAAGGAGUAUAAUUGCGACUAUUGGUCCUUGAUGAAAGACUACGCUGGAAUAGAACCUUGUCAGUAUCGAAGCGAUGUUCAUUUCGACCCAAAUCUGACGUUUUAUGAUAUCUUCGAAGGACGACCAAUCGCAAAAAUUUUUUCCAAGAUCUUCGGAUUUCAAGCGUAUAGAGCACUUUGUGAUCUAGUGGAACCUGAACGUCAUCGGGUGAAUAUGUCAAGCUCCUGUCAUUUUUAUGGAAAUAAGGAAGUUGGAGAUAAACUCAGGGAGAUAAUGAGUCUUGGAUCAAAACGAACAUGGCGGGAUUUAUUGGAGAUUCUGACCGGAACAAGAGCCUUCAAUGCUUCAGCUCUUCUUGACUACUUCAAACCAUUGGAAGAGUGGCUAAUCCGAGAGAAUACAAAACGGAAUAUUCACGUUGGAUGGGAAUCACCUCUAAAAUGUGAGUCAGUAAUGGAUCAAUUCGGGGAAGGAGAUCUGGAUCUUUGAUGUGGUAUCAGAUUGGUUAGUGUGUGAUAUCUAUGACGGCAUCCGUUAAAUAGGUUCAAUGGCGAGGAAGAAGUGAAGAAAGUGCAAAAGCAUAACCAUAAAUUUUUCCUUUCAGUUCUACCUUAUCAUAUCAACAUAAAA